AUGUUGACUAGAUCUAUCCGAAGAUCAAGCCAGUGCUGGAUGCAACAUGGCGAGAUGGAAAUCGGGCAGGAGGUUGUCGAUGCAUGCCUUGUCAAUGAUUGGUCACUGCAAUCACAACAUGUCAUUGGUUUGCUGACCGGCUCACUUGAAACUAAGGUAGGCUUCAUGAUUGAGCAUCCCGUCUCUGGCUCCGGCCUCACCGACCUCGAAACUCAAGAGGAGGGCCUCGUAGGGCUCGCGGAGAUUUUGUAG